AUUAUAAUCUUACGAAUGAGUAUAUGUUAACCCAUGCAUCACCAUCACUCUCAACAAGCAUAAAAAAAAGAAGAGCGAGUUUCGAACUCUUCCCGCCAUGGGAAUGGAAAGAGAGCAAUGCUCCUACGAGUCCUUGGAUGAAUCGUUCGAAAUUGGUAAAGAGAUGUAUCGAGGUCAACAAUACAGUCAAAUUUACUUCGCUCGUCUUCACUUGAUGAGAACUCUCUUGUAUUCCCUUGUUUCUCAUUGGAAACCUAAUUCUCCUGUGUGCACGGUGUUGGGAUUGGAAGAGGACAAGGAGUGUGUUAUUGUUGGAACACUGUAUAAAAACAUGAAACUGAAACCUUGCAUACUUGACGAGUAUUCUAAGGAGAGAUCAGUGGUUCCGCUUGUUAAGCCUCAUAAUUUUGUGCACCAAGAUGAUUAUCUUGUUUUGGAAGAUGAAAGUGGAAGAGUUAAGCUUGGUGGGAAUCUCAUUGUACCAUCUGUCUUUGUAACAGGAAUUGUUGUUGCUAUACAUGGUAAGGAGACGGGGGCAGGUGAUUUUUUGGUUCUGGAUGUUCUAGAAGCUGGCCUACCACCGCAGAUAGAAUUCCCCAUUAAAUCAAGGGAAGACAGAUAUGUUGUUCUUGUGUCAGGAUUAAGUGUUGGGAGCAGCAGGUCUAACCCUCUUCAGUUUCAGCUUCUCGUUGAUCAUAUUACUGGACAUUUAGGAGAUGAGAAGGAGCAAAGUAUUGCGUCCCAAAUUGUUCAUGUAGUCAUUGCUGGAAACUCUGUCGAUAUACCUCGUGGACUUCUUAAUGGACAGAAUUUAGCUUCAAAAGAUCUCUCAAGGAUGGCAGAACCAAUAAAGGAGCUAGAUAUUCUGUUGAAUCAGAUUGCUGCUGGUUUGCCAUUGGAUAUCAUGCCAGGACCCAGUGACCCUGCUAAUUUUUCCUUACCACAGCAGGCAUUGCAUAGAUGCCUUUUCCCUGGAUCAUCAGUGUACAACACUUUUAGAUCUUGUACAAAUCCUCAUUGUUUUGAGCUUGAUAAUAUCAGGUUUCUUGGGACAUCUGGUCAGAACGUAGAUGAUCUUGAGAAGUAUUCAGAGGCAAAAGAUAAGCUUGACUUCAUGGAAAGGACAUUAAGAUGGAGGCAUUUGGCACCAACUGCACCUAAUACCCUUGGGUGCUAUCCUUAUACUGAUAGAGAUCCUUUCUUCAUUGAGAGUUGUCCUCAUGUGUACUUUGUUGGCAAUCAGGAUAAAUAUGAUACUCGUGUGAUAAAGGGAUCAGAAGGGCAAUCGGUGAGACUUGUAUGCGUUCCUAAAUUCAGUGAAACAGGAGUUGCAGUAAUGUUGAAUCUGAGGGAUCUUGAAUGUCAUGCUCUCAGUUUUGGAACUCAGUUCAGCCCAUAAAAAUGCACAAGUAAUGUUUUUGCGGUUAUUUGAAGUUUGUUCACUGCGCUGUCAUCGAUGUGUCUUUGGAGAUAUUUCGAAGAACUGAAAAUUGAGUCUUGAAGUUGACAAGGGCAGUGUCUGUGUUUAUAUACUGUAAUAUAUUUUUGUAUUAACCUAAUUGUUUGACUUGUAUUUGUAUUUUCCUAUUUAGGAGUGUAACAUAGUAUUUAAACAUGUGUGUUACGUUUUAUCGUAGAGACUAGACAGUGGGAAGAUUUCAAUUUUGAACUAAUCAAGGUUUUUCUAUUUUAAUUAUGUCAGCACAAUAUGUUUUAGCAAAUGUUAACACGAGCCUUGAUGGUUUCUAUUAACGUAAUUCCUCUA